AUGGAAUGCCUCAAGGACAAGUUCAUCGGCGGUGUCCUCCUCGGUGGACGUUACCAGACAAUCUCCCCCCUCAACCAUGGAUCUUUUGGUAUGGUCUUCAAGGCCCAGGAUCUCGUGACCAACGAGACCGUGGCCAUCAAGUGCCUCACCAAGAAGAAUGCCUGCCCGGAAGCUAGCUCCGAUUUUGCCAUCGAUGAGAAGUCGGAGGAAUUCGUCUUGCAUAGCCGCCUGGCCUCUCACCCCAACAUCGUCAACCUGCUCGACUCGUUCGAGACUGAGUCGCACCUCUACUUGGUCCUCGAGUUCUGCGGUCAGGGUGAUCUGUACGAGGCUAUCCGAAAGGGCCAUGGCCCUCUCGAGACAGAGCACGUUCGUCAAUUCAUGCUUGAGCUUAUCGACGCCGUCGAAUACAUCCACUCCAAGGGUGUCUACCACCGUGACAUCAAGCCUGAGAACAUCUUCCUCAGCCAGGAUGGUGCCAUGAAGCUCGGUGAUUUCGGUCUGGCAACUACCGAGAAGUGGUCUUACGAGAUGACUGUUGGCAGCGAUCGCUACAUGGCUCCCGAGCAGUUCGAUUCGGCCGGCGCCGGUUACUCGCCUGCCGAGGCGGACAUCUGGGCCAUUGGCAUCUGCCUUCUCAACAUCCUCUUCUCUCGCAACCCCUUCACCACCCCCACCGAGGCCGACCCUCUCUUCCUCGACUACUCGCGAGAUAAGCAGUCUCUGUUUGAUGUGUUCCCUUCCAUGUCUCAGGACACAUACGAGGUUCUCGUGCAGUGCAUGAACCUCGACCCCAAGCGACGGUCGAUGGAGGGAGCUCGCGAUGCCCUUCUCCGGGUUGUCAGCUUCACCACCGAGGAUGAGGAUGCCGACGACUACUGCGGCGCCGAGACCGCCACUCUUGCCACUGCCAACCGUGAGCCCCUGCGCACUCCCUCGAUCCAGUCUCCCCAGGUCGAGACGGGUGCCUUUCCCUGGGCCAAGGCCCUUCACGGAACCGGCCGGCAACUCAGUGUCAUUCCCGACGACGAGAGCUACACCGAAGAGCUCUUCCCUAAGUCGGAGGCGACUACCGCUGACUGGUGCUCUGCUAACAUGCAGACUCCCAUGUCAUCUGUUCUCGACUCUCACAUGGGCGUCUCGAUGAAGUCGUUUGCCAUCAAGCCCAAUGCUCGGUUCAACAGGGUUUCCCCCACCGCCGGCUCCCUCCCCAUCACCAUGGCCAAACCUGCGCCAGCCAUGUCGAUGGUGUUUGGAGGACGCCAGGAAGCCGUGUCCAAGAGCUGGAGUGACAUGUGGGAUGAGGAUGAGGAAGAGGAGGAACGUGAGCAGCAGAUGCAGAUGCUGCAGGAGCUCAAUGCCCGGACGUGGAGCCAGGAGAGCAAGGAGGAGAUCAAGAAGGAGGCCGAGAAGGCCUACAAGGUGGAACAGGAACCCGAGCCGGUGUCGCAUGCGCACGACAUCAAGGGAGACAUCGACGACGACCUGGUUGCCGACGGCUUCUUCUUCCAGGAAGCCCCGGCUCCCAAGCCUCAACAUCAUGUCACCAUCACGCCUCGCUACUCGCCGCCGCUCAAGAAGAGUCCUCUGGACAAGUGGGCGGCGCUUGGCGAGCGACGCCGGGGUCAGGUUGCCACUUUGGAUUCGAUUAAGUCGGUGGACUUUGUUAAGCCCCGACGACACAAUAUUGGUUUUGGAUACAAGUCUUAUGAAGCGGGAGUUUGGGAUCAUUCUAAUUAUCACCACAAAUUUGGGACCGCGAAAGAACGGGUCAAGGAAUGUCCCUGGAACAAGGGCAGAGAUUGGAACUGGCGUCGGGAUAGACGCAACGAUCUCGGAGACGUUGAGUGGGUUGGAGGCUGGUGA